AUGGUCUUAGUUGAUGAAGGUGAUCCUGAUCCAAUUUUUUCUGAGUUAAAUGCGCCAUACAUCAAGCUAUACACUGCCCCUACUCCCAAUGGUCAAAAGGUUUCCAUUUUACUUGAACUACUAAAAAUAAAAUACCAUGUCAGAUCAAUAAGCUUGUCUCAAAAGGAGCAAAAAGAAGACUGGUUUAUCAAACUAAAUCCCAAUGGCAGAAUUCCGGUGUUAAGUUAUGCUAAUUCAAAGGGCAAAAAAUUCUCAAUAAUGGAAAGCGCUUCUAUCAUGUUGUUUUUAGUUGACAAAUUUGAUAAAACAAAUAAAUUCACUUUUGAAUACGGUUCAAAAAAUUAUAAUAAAAUGUUACAGUGGAUUUUUUUUCAAAUGGCUAACAUUGGUCCAAUUCAAGGUCAGAUUUGCCACUUUAAAUUUUACUUACCCCCUGAUAAAAUGCCAAACACUAAACAAUAUGAUCAAAUUUUAGAAGAUUAUGAUAAAGAAAUUAAAAAUUAUUAUCAAAUUUUAGAAAAUCAAUUAAUUAAAAAUAGCUCGGGCUAUUUGGUUGGGGACCAUUUAUCAGUAGCUGAUUUAAUUCAUUUUCCCUGGAUUUACGAAUGCUUUUGUAUAAAUAUCGACUUGCAAAGUUAUCCUCAUUUAAAUAAUUGGUUAAAUAGUAUAAAUAAAAUACCUGCAGUUCAAAGGGGUAUGCGUGUUCCAUAA